AUGGGAAACCUAGGGUUCUCAACACCCUUCAGGGAUGACAUCAUGAGAGCCCUCACCGCUCUAAAGGUUAAGGUUCCCCCUAUCGACCAUUAUGAUGGAACGACAGACCCCAUCGACCACCUGGCCGCUUUGAAGGGGUUGGCUUUAACCUGGUUCACCGAACUCCCCUCCGGGAACAUAUCGAGCUUCACCGCUCUCGAGGCAGCUUUCAAACAGAACUUCAUCGUGGAAAGAAGACAUCAGAAGACCAGUAUCCAUCUCAUGUCGAUUAGACAACGGAGGGAGGAGGACCUAGCUGACUACAUUAAGAGAUUCAACGAAGAAUCACUGAAAGAUUUUGAUCUACUGGACAGCGUCGCCUUCACCGCCCUCAUGUCCGGGUUAUAUCCAUCGAGCAGAUUCAAGCUGAAGCUCGUGGAAAGCGAGGCCUCGUCGUUCUCAGAAACCAUGAAUCUAGCUCAAAAGUUCAUUCAGGCCUCCGAUAUCUCCAAUACGCAUGAGGAGCCUAGCUCCGGAAAGAGAAAGCACGAAUACACCCCUCGAGCGGACAACCCCAGGCAUGUUCCUCGAAAAGAAAAAGACAAGAAGCUUCGAUUGGAAAACAACUGGAAUGACCCCCGGGCAACCAAAAUGGCACUUGCUGACUACAGGAUGGAGUGUUUAUCUCCUUUAAGUGGCCCUUUAGUCAUCGCGGAUACCCUCGGUGGUCGAAAGAGCUCCACUAAAGCUACCAAAACCAAGGAGCAGUCUAAAAAGGACAAAUACCUUUUUAAGCGCAGAGAUGAAGCUGUUGAGUUAAAUGCAAAACGGAGCAUUCAAGGUGAUGCAAGCUCCUCUUUGUCUUCUACAAUCGAGGACGGAGCAUCCAAUACAGCUGCAGCUGCUUAUGUUCUCCAGAAAAGGGAUUUAGCUGAUUCCAAUAAUGAACUGAGUGGAAGUCCCACAAGGGAUCAGGUGGCAACUUCUGUUCAUGUUGGAAGCGCAAAAGAGGCUCCCACUGCAGGCAAGGAAUUCUUCCUGAUGUGCAGGAAAUAA